AUGGCUGCACCCUUUAACAAUAGUGUAGCGGAAGCUAUGCAAUUGACUACCGGUGACACACCUGCCGGCGAUGUUUCACCUGACACAAACCAUGUGUCUGUCGCCGAUACCCCACACACAGUUGACAGCACAAUUGAGUGUUCCACUAAGCGCAAGUAUGAGGAGCCCAGCCAAGUGCCCCGAAGCAAAUUGGCCAAGGACGAAGCAAUAACUGGCAGCACAAAGAGAGCUAAGACCGUCGCCGGUGUUCAUACAGACAAGCUAGAGCCUUGUGGCGAACCUGAGGUUUGGUCUGACAAAAGAGCGGCCUUGAAUAAUGCAGUGGCAUAUUUCAAUUCUCAUCAAGGCAGCUUGCAUACAACGGACUUGAUCCCUAAGGGUAUGCUCACAGACAGCAUCGUGGGCAUACGUGAUCAAGCUAAAAGCCAAAUCAUAGUCACUUCGGUUGGUGGUGGCAGAGACUUAGAUCCAGUUACCAAGAAGAUGGUUAGAACAGAAGAUCAAGGAAACUAUGGUAAAAAUAUCAAGUCCUUGAAAAAAGGUCUGGCAGAAAAGAGUCCCAUCGUCGUGAUUCUAGGGGCCGGAAACAGGAAUAUCUCUGUCGAACUGCAGCAUUAUUACAAUGUUUUAGAUUAUUUCCAUGUCACAGACAUCUGGCAGGAGAGAAAUAAGGGCGACAAAGGACAGCUAGUGACAGUGUGGAUGGUCCGAUUGGAAAAGAUUCACUUGAGCAAAAAGUCUUGGUGGGCUCCAAAAGGCGUCAGUGCUUACGAAGCAGGUGAAUUUGAGAUUGGUGAAUACACUUGCAAAUCACAAACUUGCACAACUUGUCAAAGCCCAAGCAAGGGGAUUUUCAAGCAAGGUUGGACUUGUCUUAACAGCCAGUGCCUGAAGUACUUUGAGCUUUCAACAUACUGGGACGUUGACGAGCUCGAGUACAGCGACGCUUUCUUACGAGAGAGGACUGCUUAUACUGGCCCUGAGUUCAAGGAAGAACUUGUUCCUCCUUUGCCCUCCAUGGACCAUAACAACAUUGGAAGCGAAAAGGAGUAUAAACAAGGAAUUGUUUGUCCCAAGUGCCGAUGUUGCAGCAGGAGAAUCAAGUGGAGUGGCUGGUUCUGCGAGAAUGUAAACUGCGAUUUUGAGUAUGCAGUCCCCAUGAAGCAGGCCCCGAUAGACAAUAUGCUGUCCGAGAACCAACAAAUCGACCGCAGCAAGACAAAGGGUUCAGAUCACGUCCACGGGUGCAUUGCUGUCUUCGAGAAGAUUGUAGGAGGACAGGAGUUCACGACUUUUUUCCUCCCAAAUGAGGACGAGACUUGUAUCGGGACUAUCACUCGUAUUAGGCCCACCGAAGCUGCUAUUUCAAGAAAAGGUGGCAUUAACGACCUAUAUAUGCAGCUACAACAAGAGGACCUGAAGCUAGAGAGAAGACCAGCAAAAAAUCCAGGCUGUCGAGUGGAGGAGUUGACAUCUCACUUCUCCGGAAAUUUCGGUGCUCCGUACAAGUUUGGAGUGGUUGUAAAAACUACAACUAGUUUCCAAGAUGCGCCGUCCGCUAUAUUAGAGACUCUUCUUCGACUUACCUGGGGGGGAAAAGAAGCUGUUGAAACGUCCAUCAACCUUAUCCGGGACGAAAAUAUCCAGGUCUUCGAAAAUGCCAUACCUAGCGAAUUCGACCAGUACAAUGAGCAGCUCGUGCUUGGAUAUUUUGAGAACUCAAAAAUCAGCGCCCAUGACGAUGGUGAGAAAGAACUUGGUCCAAAUGUGGCAUCACUCUCCCUUGGUUCUCCUUCAGUCAUGAAGUUUUCCCCAAAGAAAGGCAAGACUAUUGGGGACAACAACGACUUGGAGAAGAAAAAGAGAAAACCACUCUUGUCCUUCACGCUGAAGCAUGGCGACAUGUUGAUCAUGCACGGAGAACAAAUACAGAAAUUAUAUCUUCAUGCUGUUGAACCCCAAGGAAAACACCGGUUUGCCCUCACAUGUCGACACAUCCGACCAGAGACCAUCCCUGAUCCAGAACAACGCGCACUAUCUGUUGUUACCGGAAAGGUUCCUGACCAAUGGGCCCAGAUUAAAUAUGACGGCAAAGAAGACUGCUUCAAAUCCAGUGCUACUGGAGAAGUGGCUGCCGAUGUCAAAACCAUUCUAGGUAGUGGUUGAGUCUACUCAAAAUUCGACAUCAGCUGAAGGCAGCAAAAAUUUUGGGGAUGAUAGCACAUGCGUAUGAUUUAUACUCCUGUCUCUCGUACGACCUGUCGUGGG